AUGCCCGGAGUGGUAGCCGAGACAGAGUCCAAAAGCGGCAGCUUGUUGACCUUGGACGAGGUACAAGAUGGAACAUUUUCUCCUGUGGAUGUUGACGAUUUUGCGAAGUACCAUUACUCUGAAGAAGUGGAUAAAAGUAUUACUUCGUACCACGUAAGCCCCUUACCCAUUCUUGUUCCCACCAUUCCCAUCGAGGUCAUUUCCAUCGAGGUCAUUCCCAUCGAGGUCAUUCCCAUCGAGGUCAUUCCCAUCGAGGUCAUUCCCAUCGAGGUCAUUCCCAUCGAGUCAUUCCCGAUAAUUUGA